UCACAUGAUCACAAAUAUGCGGACAGAAAUCCGGCUCCGCCUCACGCUCUCCAUUGCCGCCACUGGUGGCUGCUGCUGCUGCCAUCCUGAACCGAUACACAUUCCACACACAUGCGAUGUCUGCUUUCAUUGCAAUGGCCCGCCGUCAUACUGGUUCUAAAGGUGCUCGCUCUGUCCGUGCCCCUGUCUCUGUCUUCUUGGCCUCCACCUGAGCACCCGCACACACCAACUCCAACGACAGACACUGCAGACGCAUAUCCGCGGAUCACACACCUGCCGCUGUAGGUCCCGUCUGUGUGCCCAGGUGCAAACUGCAACUCCUCAAACUGCACCACACACGUGUCCACGCCAAACACAGAUGGACAGAGAAUGUGUCUUUUUCUGUAUCAGUCGAACUUUGUCUUGGCUGCUUACCUCGUCACAGCGAUGCCGGCGUCUUCAGUAAAGUCGUUUUUGAGACCCACAGCAGCAGCAGCACUGAUGGACGAGGAGACUCCCCUCGUGCCUCCGAUACUUACGUAGCUGAGCCCCCCUGAGCAGCGGAUCGGCCGAUACCACACAUACAGACACAUGCAGACUGCAGACAGACAGACAGACAUGGGUUUACCUACUCUUUCUUGCAGGUCAGGCAAGGUCAGCCGUUUCAUGCGAUGUCGGCCUCCUCGUCCGUGAUGACCCCGGGCAAAAAGCCGUGCGCAAAGGUGCACUGACCACACACCCGCACUAUUAACUCCUCAUUUGUUUCCGGUGGAGGCAGUGGUUGGGGUGCAUCCACUGCCUGGAGGCCGGUAGAGGUGGGGGGGGCAGCGCGUCAUCCAAGGCAGUGGCCGCGCUUCCCUGCGCACGUCUCCCAUCAGCAGCCACAGCCUUCCGUACUCGUGCCCAG